AUCAUCGUCUGUUCGGAAAGAAAAAUCGGCCAGCAGGAAAAAAAAAGUUUCGCUGCAUUUUAUUCGGCCGGAAUAUAAUGGAUAAUUUUCUGGAAAGUGCCCUCGAAAUGUGUCGGUUCUAGUGUCGUUCGGUACGUGCGGGUUGGCUAUCAACAGGAAGCUGUUUCCAUUCAUUGAAGUUCGGGCAGAAAUCGAUCUGGAUUGCUGAUUGUGGGGUCGUGUCGUUUGCUGUUCUUAGGGGAGGGAAAGGAUCAAAUUUCGAGCUUGUUGCGGUCGAUAGCUGGCUUAUCGGUGUUCCGGAACGCGGGUGGAAGCGAGAGGCGCGGGGUCGGUUGGUGAGCAAGACCAAGGAUGGCCGAGGACCAGGGCAAGCGCCGGAGGGACGGUUCCCUCGAUGAGCUGGUCCAAUAUGUUACGUUGCACACUCCGAACCAUGUCCUGCUGAGUGGAAGUAUUCUGCCGUUUAUGAUGGUAUACGUCCUCUGGGGCUAUCUGUGGGUUUAUGUGUACGGCGUAGAGGACCAUUGGGAGGCGGGAUUGCUGACGCUGGCCGGGAUCGGAUUCGUGCAGAUUCUGGUGUGCCUCUGCUGCUUCUGGAGUGUCCAUGUGCAGGUGUUCCUCAACUGCCGGAAGGCAAACAGUCCCGAGAAGGCAAAGGUAGUUAAAGUGGUCCCCACGGAGAACAACGGUUCAUCGGAGCUGGUGAAACUCCAUCGCGCCAAAGCGGACGAAACCGAUGUUGCCAGUGGCGAUGGAUCGAUCUACUGGUUCCUGUUCCAGAAGACCAAAUACGUAUGGGACGCAAACAAGAAACAGUUCCGCAGUGUCGAGUUCCCCAUCCACAAGACGUACGAGGAGUACUUCGAAUCCAAAGGGCACCAGGAGGACAGCGACGUGCAGCUGGCGGAGCGGACCUACGGCAACAACAACAUGGAGAUGGUUGUUCCGGAGUUCUUCGAGCUGUUCAUCGAACGGGCAACGGCUCCGUUCUUUGUGUUCCAGAUCUUUUCGGUGCUGCUGUGGUGCCUGGAUCAGUACAUGUACUAUUCGCUGUUCACGCUGGGGAUGCUGAUUUCGUUCGAGUGCAUUCUGGUCCAGCAGCAGCUGCGGAACAUGUCCGAAAUCAGGAAGAUGGGCAACAGACCGUACAUGAUCAACGUGUUCCGCAACCGGAAAUGGCGCCCGAUCAAGUCCAAUCUGUUGGUUCCGGGAGAUUUGGUGUCGAUUACGCGGUCUCAGGACGAAAACUUGGUACCAUGCGAUCUGCUGCUGAUAAGAGGGACUUGCAUCGUGGAUGAGAGUAUGCUGACAGGUGAAUCCGUUCCGCAGAUGAAGGAAUCGCUGGAGAACACCGACGAGCACAAGAAGGAACUGGACAUCGAGGCGGACGGAAAACUGUAUGUUCUAUUCGGUGGCACCAAAGUGGUCCAACAUUCCUCGCCGAGUAAGGGAGCAAUGCGAGCCCCGGACAGCGGUUGUAUCGGAUAUGUCCUCCGAACCGGAUUCAACACCUCGCAAGGAAAGCUGCUGCGGACGAUCUUGUUCGGCGUGAAACGAGUUACGGAGAACAAUCUGGAAACGUUUGCAUUUAUCUUGUUCUUAAUGGUAUUCGCGGUUGCGGCUGCGGUGUACGUGUGGAUCAAGGGCUCCGAAGAUCCGGAACGAAACCGGUACAAGCUCUUCCUGGAGUGUACGUUGAUCUUGACAUCGAUCAUCCCACCGGAUCUACCAAUCGAACUGUCGCUGGCUGUGAACACCUCGCUACUGCAGCUUUCCAAGUUGUACGUCUUCUGUACGGAACCGUUCCGGAUACCGUUCGCUGGAAAGGUACAAAUUUGCUGCUUCGAUAAGACUGGAACGUUGACUAGUGAUAACUUGGUAGUGGAAGGAGUGGCGGGUUUGAAGAAGGACACGAGUAUUACGGCAAUCAACGAAAUUCCGGAAGCUACGGCUCACGUUUUGGGGUCUUGCCAUUCGUUGGUACAGUUAGAUGAUGGGUUGGUUGGGGAUCCACUUGAGAAAGCGACACUUACAGCUAUCGAUUGGAACUUAACCAAGGGUGAUUCGGUGGUUCCCAAGCGAGGAAAGUUCAAACCUCUACGUAUCUAUCACCGAUUCCACUUUUCCUCCUCGCUGAAAAGGAUGUCUGUCUUGGCAGGACAUCUCGUUCCGUUCAGCAACGAGACGUGCUAUAUUGGCACAGUUAAGGGAGCUCCUGAGGUGGUGAUGAAGAUGUUAAAGACAGUUCCGGAGAACUACGAAGAAACGUAUCUGGAAUACUCUCGACGUGGUGCACGUGUUCUAGCACUGGGGUACAAGUCCUUCGGGGCACUCGAUAACGCCACGGUCCGCGAACUGAAACGUGCCGAUGUUGAAAAGGACCUGGAAUUUGCCGGAUUCAUCAUCAUUUCCUGCCCACUGAAGCCAGAUUCAAAGUACGCCAUCAAGGAAAUUAUUCAAGCUUCUCACAAAGUGAUGAUGAUCACCGGUGAUAAUCCGCUGACCGCUUGUCACGUAGCGAAGGAACUUCGAUUCACCAAGCGAACGAUCGUUGUUCUUACGAGAGACGACACGGAUGAUUCCUGGUACUGGGAAUCGAUCAAUCGGGAAGUGAGGAUCCCCCUCGUAGAAAAUCGAACGGUUAAGGAACUGUACAAGGAACACGAUUUCUGCAUCACCGGCGAAGGACUUCAAUAUCUGGACAGCGAGAAGCAUUCGUACUUGCUGAAGCUGAUGCCAUACGUCACGGUGUUCGCAAGAUUCGCUCCAAAACAAAAGGAAGUGGUCAUAACCACCCUGAAGCAGCUAGGGUUUCACACGUUGAUGUGCGGUGACGGAACGAACGAUGUCGGAGCCCUGAAGCACGCAAAUGUUGGCGUUUCGCUGCUGAGUCAUCCGCCGACCAAGUCCGAGAAGCGUCACUUGCGAGCCGUGACGACACCCGAUGGGGAAGUGGAAAAGAAGAAAGACACCGCGAAGGAUGAACGGAAAGCACUGACUCCGAGGGAACGGGCCAUCAUGAAGCAUCGGGACAAUUUGAGUUCCACUCAGGAGAGGCUGCAGAAGGUUCUGAAGGAGAUGGACGACGAGCAGGUGCAGGUUGUGAAGCUGGGUGAUGCCAGUAUUGCGGCGCCGUUCACCAGCCGAUCGUCGUCGAUCAAUUGCGUGUGUCACAUCAUCAAACAGGGCCGCUGUACGCUGGUCACAACGCUCCAGAUGUUCAAGAUCCUAGCCUUGAACGCGCUCAUUUCUGCCUACUGUCAAUCGGUCUUGUACAUCGAUGGCGUCAAGAACAGCGACACCCAGCUUACGUUGCACGGUUUGCUGACGGCAGCAUGUUUCCUCUUCAUUACCCGCUCGAAACCCCUCAAGGUCCUGUCCAAGCAAGCGCCACUGCCGAACAUCUUCAAUCUGUACUCGGUGACAACGAUCCUCGCCCAGUUUGCCGUUCACUUCACGGCACUGGUCUAUCUCGUGCACGAGGCCAACUUGCGAUCGCCACCUAGGGAAGGCAAAGUAAAGCUCAAUCUGGAUCUGGAACCGGACGAGAAGGAGGAGUUCGUACCGAACAUCGUCAACAGUACGGUGUACAUCAUCAGCGUGACGAUGCAGAUCGCAACGGUGGCCGUCAACUACAAGGGCCAUCCGUUCAUGGAGAGCAUGCGGGAGAACCGACUGCUGUCGUAUGCCAUCUUCACGUCCAGUGCGAUCGUGCUGUGCCUGGCGCUGGGCAUUGUGCCGGAUCUGUUGACCACCUUCGAAGUGAUAGAUUUCGAAGCGGAUUUCCGAAAGAUUUUGGUCGGCGUCCUGGUGGCGGACAUGCUGCUCGCCUAUCUGGUCGACCGGGUUUGCUCGUUCCUGUUCGGCGAGAUGCGAAAGAAGACGGACAUCAUUGCCUAGACCCCCUGGGGAAGCAGGAGGAGCGCAUCCUGGGAGAUCCAGUGCAACACAACAACUAAGGUAUCCUUAGCGUCGCGGCACACAUUAAAACCUAUUAUAAUAUUAGAGCAAAUUAUGCACGAAGCGCAGCGCGAACACUUGUGAGAACAGGGCAAUGGUUAUUUUAACUAUAUUAUUGUGAAUCUACGAUUAGAGUGACCAUCAGGCAGGUUAAGCGUGUGAUAGAGUAUUUCAUUUUUUUUUCUGAAUCGAGAACUUCAAAACGAUACGAACAGAAAUCCGAAAAAGAAGGUCGGGUGUUUUCUGUUCCGUUCAAUGAAGGGUUGGUAUAUUAGUGGGAUUGAUGUUGAUGUUGGAAUUAAUAUAGUAAAGAAUUUGGACUAGCAAAGGCAGCAGUUAUCGUCGAGUUGCAUCUAGACUACCGGAUAGUAGAGAGAGAGGUAAUUUCUUCUUUAUGCGAAGAACACACGAUGAUGAAAGUGAGUUUGUGUUAGGAUGUCCAUAAUGCUGAGAGAAACGUAAAAUGCCGCAAGGGAACCUAGAUGAAAUAAUUCAAUAAAAUAAAAUGAAUAAGCAGGGAACGAAUUGGAAAGCAA